AUGGAGACAGUACGCCUUUUGAUAAAAGUCCUUAUGCUGUUCAUCUGGAGCGCGAGGGGUUCUGUUGGGAACGCUCUCGAAAAAUGCAUUUUCCCUCUUGGCAUGGAAGAAGGAAAAAUCCCGGAUGAAGCGAUUACCGCGUCGUCUAGUUACGAGAUGAAAUCUGUCGGUCCCCAAAAUGCGAGAAUACGACAAGAAAAGAAUGGUGGUGCCUGGUGUCCAAAAGCUCAAAUCAGUAGCUCCAUCCGCGAAUACCUGGAAAUUGAUCUAACGAGAGAUCAUCUUAUCACAUGGACCGAAACUCAGGGAAGAUUCGGUAAUGGUCAAGGUCAAGAAUAUGCCGAGGCGUUUUUUCUGGAAUAUCAGCGGAACGAAAAGUGGCAUCAGUACAAAGAUUUAAGAGGGAACAAGGUCCUGCGUGGCAACAGUAAUACAUAUCUAGUUGAGAAACAGAAGUUAGAUCUACCAUUCAUCGCGAGUCGAGUAAGAUUUGUUCCUUACAGUCAGCAUCCUCGUACUGUCUGCAUGCGCGUCGAGAUUUACGGCUGCGCCUGGGCUCAAGGCAUUAUUAGUUACACCGCACCUAAAGCUGAUGCAGAUGGACCUAAUGGGUGUAACGUCGAGGAUACGUCAUAUGACGGUACGGAACUCGAGAAUUUAAUGUUGAACGGACUGGGGCAAUUAACCGACGGCAUAGUCGGUAGUGAAACAGAAAUCCUAAAAUCCGAUAGAGUAACCAACUGGGUCGGAUGGUACGAUCGGGCUAACAUAGAAUUAUUCUUUGAGUUCCAAUUUACUCGAAAAUUUAGGAAUUGUACGAUUCACGUAGCCAAUCUGCCCAAUAUAAGUGUUGAGGCGUUCUCGACAGUAAACUUUUGGUUUUCGUCUGAUGGCAAGGAGUAUUACGAAACUCCGGAAACGUUUCAAAUGUUUCGCGACCCUAAGAUGAACAUUAUUCCUAAUAGUGACAACGAAAAGAAUAGCAGAGGAAAAAACGGCGUCUUAAUAUCUAUUCCAUUGCAAUCGAGAGUUGGUAAAUUCGUCAAGAUAGAAAUAAAACCUCAGUCAAAAUGGUUGUUAUUAAGCGAGAUCACAUUUGAGUCAGUUUCAGAUGUAAAAAACAACACUGACGGAGCAUUGGCACGUUUGUCAUGGAUAUACACGAAUAGUAACGAGAAUGUAUCCCAGAUGAUCAAUCAAGAUCAGAUCGCAAAAAUAAAACAAAUCGAUGAUAAGGAAAUUAAGGGCGAGAAUGCCGACCUAGAGAUUGACAACAAGCUCAGAGGAGAGACUAACAAAAAGAUUAAUAUUCAACAUGAAGAUACAAUGACGGGAAAGCCAAAAAUUGAUUUGAACGAAACAACGUUGGUGUUAAAUGAGUCGAAUUUGACGCCGGAUGCCUUUCCCGUGAAUAAUUCGCCGACGUAUAUCGGGCUGAUCAGCGCUGCGUUGACUAUAAUUGUCUUUUUCUCGGGUUGCACGAUCUUCCUGAUAAAGCAGAGGGGUCGUAACAAAGUGGCCCUGUUACAAAAACAUACCGCGUUAUUAUGUGGCUCGCCAGCACCGGGUAUCACGAUCAAUACGAAGGAUAUCAAAUUACCCACACCGAUCGUGGUAAACAAUCUGUCGCAAUCUCGGCUGUCGUUGAAAAGCAAAAUUGCCUCGAACAGUGAUUACAAAUUCGGCGAUGGCGAUACGAGCGAGCAGCAUAGCAUUUACGAGAGGAUUAAUAAAAUAUCCCCGGAACCGUAUGUCAAAUGUGAAGCGAGAUCCAAUUAUAAAACGGAACAUUUUGAUACUAAAACUAACGAAAGUUUCACCGAUGAAGCUCGAGUGGAGUGCGUAAUACCAACGAUGUCGAAAAAACUGAGUCACUUGCAAACGGGGAAAAUUAAUCAGAGAGUAUACGAGAGUUAUUACGCGGCUACGGAUAUUUUGACGAUCAAAAGACGCGAUCAGCAUCCCGUUGUGAGUCUCUUCACGCCGCUGCUCAUUCGGGAUUCCAUCGUAUCGUACAAACGCGGAACUUUCGAUGUUCCGCGCAUCUCUCGACAUAGAUUAAGAAUCCUCGACAAGCUCGGUGAAGGAAACUUUGGUUUGGUUCAUUUAUGCGAAGCAAAAGGCAUACAAAAUCCAGAUCUAGGCAUUCUUCAAAACCGUCAAGUAGUUAUAGUCCGGUCCUUGUGGCGCGGUGUGGUUGAUGCUUUAAGGGAGGAUUUUAUGAACGACAUGCACAUCUUGGCUGAAAUACGGGACGUCAAUAUCGCCAGGAUAAUUGCGAUCGUUGAGGAGGAACCUUUUAGUGCCAUUUUUGAAUACGGAGAACUCGGGGAUCUGUCAAGUUUUCUAAAAAGUCGCGAUCGCGACGCGCCGAUAAGUUACGAAUGCUCCUUAAAUCUGGUGACACAAAUUGCUUCGGGUAUGAAGUACCUUGAGUGUUUAAACGUACCGCAUUGUGAUCUAGCAGCCAGGAAUUGCAUCGUUUGUAAAGAUCUGCUGAUUAAAGUAUCCGAUCAGGCCAUGUACUGCAGUAAAUACGAUGGCGAGUAUUACGUCAACGAAUGUUACGCGAAGAUACCAUUACGUUGGAUGGCAUGGGAAGCGGUCCUAUCGGGAAAACAAAGUUGUCAAUCCGACGUUUGGUCGUACGGCGUGACAGUUUGGGAAGUGCUGACGCGUUGCGAAGACAUACCGUACGCUGACCUGACCUCAGAACAGGUGUUGGAGAACUGCGGCCUCUGGUACUCGUUAGACAACGGCGGUAAGAAGAAACGUCCGCGGAUCCUCGAGCAGCCGGUGUUCUGCACAGACGAUCUGUACCGGCUGAUGCUGCGAUGUUGGUGCAAACUUGCGGAGGAUCGGCCCAGUUUCCAGGAGAUUUACUGCUACCUCAAGAAGCUGACUCUGGAUUAAGUGUGUACGCAAAUGCAAAUGCAUCUCUGCCGAAAGAGCAUACGAAAACGAUCCAUGCUCCAGCAGCAGCAGCAACAGCAGCAGCAGCAGCGGCGGCGCGGACCAAAUCAAUUACAAUCAGCUAAGAAGCAUCCUGAUUUCUUUUUUAAUCACUUUCGCAGAUGGCUCGAACUAAUCGAGCGAAUUGAAUCGAAUCGUGAAGACGUGAAUGCCUAAACACAACAACGUGGGAUGCUCUCUGGCCACUAAAAUUACUGCUCAACUAGAUUUAUCUAAUUUUGAUUAUAUAAGUAAGUGUAGGCUAAACAACGUAACGAUAAAAUUUAACGCGGCGGAUAAUCGCAGAUUUCUCGCAUAAUAUUCUAAGCGUAUGUCAAGGAAUAAUCUGUGUGAGAAUAAUCUUUCAACGAUUAUUUCCAUAACAAUCAGUAUUCGCGAGAAAUACGUGAUUUCGCAAGCUAAUAAGAGAGAUUCACAUCUAUUUACUAAUUUAUUACUUUACAUAUCUUUCCUACGCUUAUACAUAUAUAUAUAUAUAUAUGUGAUACUCAUUAUCGUUUUUACUGUUAAAAAUAUCGUUCCAUUUUUUCUCUAUAUCUAUUAUUCUAUAUCCAGGUAGCCGAGAUCGUAAUAAAAUGACGACGUGAACAAGUUUUUUGAAUGAAACUUGUCGCACUUUUGCUCGAGUUUAUCGCAGAUUCUGCGCAAAGCUUUAGUCGCAUUUUGUCGUCCGGGUACCUUAUAUCAUCGUCAGAAUUCGUUGCAUGUAGCCGAAGCAAAAUAAUAUAAGUGAAAUCGGCAUAAGCGAGCGUAAUACUCGAAUUACGUCGAAGAAUGACAAUCAGUUUUGCUCAUCUAUUUAUAUGUACUUAUUUUACAAAAUAAUAUCAACGAUGUACUCGUAUUGAUCGAUUCAGCUUAUCUAUCUUAAGAGGGCGGAUCGUUUGAUCUUUAAUCAAAUUUCGCAGUGGCGCAAGAUUUUUGAAUAGAAAUAAUCUUCAUAUAUAUAUCCUUUCUUAUAUAUAUGUAUUCUUAAGCUAAGUCAUCUCCAAUUUUAUUCGAAAAUACAUAAUACAUAAUUCGCGGGAUGUAUUUGGAACGAAGGUGCUCUUUACGGAUCGCGUUAUUAAUUCUUCUAGUUUAAGAAUAAGGAUGUAUUUAAUCGAUUUCUGUGCCAAAUAGUAACGAUUCAAAAAGAAUACGUUUUAGAACGCAACUUCAUACGAAAAUUUGAUUUAAAUGGAUAUAUAAUUAGGUUUCUGAAGCAUACUUCUCCAUCUUAAGAUACACCCCGUGCAUAAUAAUGUGUUAACUAACGAUGAAAAAAAGGAGCAAAAGAACAAAAGAUGAAAAUCACAAUUACGAUUAUUCGAAACAACAACGACGAUAAUAACGAUUAUGGUAAACGUACAAUUUUAGAUUAUAUAUGUUUAUAACAGAUGUAACGUUUAAUUAAAUCAAAUUUGUAAUAUCA